CUACGUAGCUACAUGUGGCGCGCGGCGGGGUAGAUGUUUAGUUAUUUUAUUAGUUUUAUUCAGCGGUCCUCUUUCUAACCACUACUAGCAACUAGCAUGAAGGCAAAUGCCUAGUAACUAGCGAAAGUGUUGAAUUUUCCUUGGCAGCAGAGCUUUCUUCUCCGCCGCUGCCGUGCAUUGAAGCGUUCGGAGGGUGGCUGGCGUCGCUAAGACUUGUCCGACACUCCCAACAGCGAGUUUUCAUUGCGGCUCAGGACACUGCUACCUGUAAUAUCUGGUGCAGUCCGAGCCAUCUCAAAGUGUCUACUUGACAAGCAUUCGUCCUUCUGAGCCUGUACUGUUCAAGUGCUUGCGACUAGUGGCGUGGUUGCCUUGCACGAUGGACACAUCGGCUACCGCCAGCGCCGGCAACGCGGUGCUGGAGGGCACACUUGGUGGCAGCAGCAAGCGAGUGUUCAAGGUGGUUCUAGUCGGAGAGGUCAAUGUGGGCAAGACGUCCAUAUUCCAGAGGUUGCGCGCCAAGCGCUUUCAAGAGUGGGGCACCACUGUCGGAGUCGACCAAUUUACCAAAGAGUAUGAAGUGGACGGUGUGACAGUCACACUACAGAUCUGGGACACGGCGGGCAGUGAGAAGUACAGAACCCUGACGGCAAACUACUACCACUCUGCCGCGGCGUGUGUGUACGUGUACGACCUUGGCGCCGUCGACUCUCUCUACAACCUGUCCACGUGGGCUGAUGAUGCGCGGCGCUUCGAACCGAGACACUGCAUGUUCCUAGUGGGCAACAAAUGUGAUCUACCCGAGGAUGACAUUGCGCUAGAAGAUUCAACAAUAGAGGCGUUUCACCGUGAGCUCGAAUUCAAGCUUGAUGCGAAAUACCAGCAGGAAGCAGCACCAGGUAUCGGGCUGGGCCUGGGCUUUGAUCGGCCUCGGUCUCUCCUGCGCAAUCUCAGUCCACGCAGUCUCCGUCAGAACAAGAGAAAGAACAAGAAGCUGGAAUCCUGGAAGGUCAGUGCCAAGACGGGCGUGGAUAUUGAAAAGCUGUUUGAUGGAUUAGCACGGACGCUCGUCGAGAGAGCUGGUGCUAUAGCACCGCGUACAGAUCAUUCAUCUCGGGUCCAAUUAGCAGCCGAGCCAGAGCCGAGAAAGUGCCCCUGCUGAUCGAGAGUUCUGACUGAUGGUUUGGGGUCCGGUAUCCUGGUCUCGGCUUAUUUCCUUGAGAGAACACGUUGAGUGCUAUUUCUAUUCAACGCCGUUCGAGCGGCGAGACCUGGUCUCAGUUCUAUAGUAACAUAAUCAUCCUGUCAGCGCUCCAGUGCCAAGGAACAGUUGCAUUACGACCGGAUGCGGCUCCUAGUCCAUGUUUCACACAUCUUAUAGAGCAGUCACUUUUGAAGAGUGUACUUCCCUGGGGUGCCUGGUUGCCUCAUUUACUGGUGAGCAAGGCAAACUGGUAAGCUUCCCGACUCACCGAUACGACAGUUGUAGCGCAUGCUUACGUUUGCCACUUGAGGUUGCCAUGUUGGAACACGCCGCAGUGCUGCUAACAGCGCCGCCAAGCAGUGUCUCAAGCUCUCCGGCCGCCAGGAAUAUAUCUCCAGGCACUGGGACUUGGUCACUGGUAAAUUUCCUAUUCAUGCUUCAUUACUCCAUUUGUAAGCUGGUACUCUUGAGCCGCAAGCCAUUUCCAUUGAGCUUUGGCAGCAUACGCCACUAUCUUUAUUAAUAUGUGCAUCGCAAUUUCAAACUCCCUCAAGCCGAAGAGUUGCUAUUCCAAGCAAUUCUUUUUGAACUAUUUUAAAAUAAUCGUUUCAGUUUUCCCGUCUAUACCCUCUCAUUCUUUUCCAGGUUCGCAAUAAUAAGUUGAACAUGGGUCUAAAGCGGCUAGUAUGAGCAAGGACCUGCCUGUACUUUCCAUUUUUCUCUCUUUUGCUACCCAUUGUGGAGAAUGCACACAUGGGGGACAGAAUGAUCUGGCUAUCCCGCGGUGUUAGCCAUAUAAUUAUAUCCCUUUGCCGGAAGUUCACGGGAGUUCAUUGUUACAUAUCUAAUACGAGUUCAUUGUUUUA